AAUACGCCCAAAGGCAAAUGUUACAAAGAUCCCAAACGAAAACGCCCGCGAUCGAUAAAAUAGGGCAACUAAAACAACAAAGAAAGCAGCAGCAUCAGCAAGAAACAAUAGCGACAAAAAAUAGUAUUAGCAAUAAGUCAGAACAGCGGCAUAAGGAUAUAGCACCGCCAUUAACAUCAACGAAUAAUAAUUACAUAGAGAAGCCGCAAAAGAUGAAGCAAACGUCCGUUAACAAUAAUGCCACAAAUGCAGCCAAUGCAACAGCAACAGCCUUUGGUAAUAUAUGGAGUAAAUUUUCGGCUUCUUGUAGUGAUGCCAAACAACAGAAAUUAUUACUGAAGCAACAGCAACAACAGCAAAAACAAAAUAUGAUAUCAAAGACUUUGCAGGCAGCAAACCCAUGCGGUGGCGGUGGCGGUGGCGGCGUCGGCGGCGGCGAUUCAACAUUGCCAUCAAAUGUAACAAAUCGUAAGAAAAGAAAAUCAAAGAAAAACAACAACAAUUUUCUUAAUUAAUCAUUUUGAUCUGUGUAAUUUAUUCUAAAGAAAAUAUGAUCGUUAAGGUGGAUCAUAAGGUGGACAAAAAAACAAAGCCUUUUUAACACAAAAAUCCUUUUCUUUCCUUAUAUUUUUUAUAUAUGGGUUUUGCUAUGUUAUCCUCUUAAACUCUUCUCCUUCCUUUUUUUUUUUUUAUUCUUUUAACUAAAAUGAAAUUUUUUUUUUAUUUUUAAUCUAUAUCAUCAUAUAUAUAAAGGAAAUAUAAAUAAUCCGAAGAAAAGAAAUAACAAAAUGUUCGAAGAAAAUCUUUCCUAGUUUAAAUUUGUGCUUUAUGAAUAAAAAAAAAAAAAAAAAAAAAAAAAAAAAAAAA